AUGGGUAAGUCUUGGCAAAGGUUACGAUACUUAACGCUUAUGGCUGGUUACUUUAGGGUUGCUCAAAGUUUAGUUUUAUACUGUAACAUUUAUGUGCCUUAACCUGUAGUUUUACAGUAGAGCUUUGAAUAAAUAGAAAUUUAAAUGUUUCAUUCAAAUAGUGAGUAUUACCUAAUCUUGUAGGACGAGCAACGCCAGCACCAGUAGUUUGCCAGAUUUGUGGAGACAAAAGUUACGGUAGACAUUAUGGUUUGUGGACUUGUGAUGGUUGUGCCUGCUUCUUUAAACGAACCAUUAGAAGAAAGAUUAACUACAGAUGUAUAUGUAAGUAUAUUUGAAGUUUUGGGUCGUAUAAAAGUAAUACUUGUUAAGUAACAACUGUACUAUUUACUCUCGCCUCUUUUUUUAACUGUAGUUGUUAUUCUAGCUGGUGACAACAACUGUCCGGUCGAUAAAACAAGAAGAAACUGGUGUCCAGCUUGUCGGCUGAACAAAUGCUUUCAAAUGCAAAUGAACAAGGAUUGUAAGUUGUAAAUUAGCAUAUGUUACAUGAAGUUAAGCCCUUUUUUAUUUUCGAUUAUAUUAUUGUAGCCGUACAAAAAGAACGAGGACCCAGGACAAAGAAACUAAACAAAAAUUUGCAUAAAAACUUGAGCCAAGACAUUCAGAACAGUAAGUAUUAUAUAACUAACUUUGUCUCUACUGUAAUAGGGUUUACCUAUGAGUUUUGAAAGAGUUUGAAAAAAAUACAAGUAGGUAUAAUACACAACAAACUUCUUUGUAUUAUUAUAUACGUCAUACAUAUAUGUAGAUACGUAAGCUCAAGUCAAGUUUUUAAAAACAAUUCCAGAAGUGAAACUUCUGGUAGAUACGAUGAAGAACGUGCUACACAAUGCAGUGAUCGUAUUCUUGAGCGUCGAACAGAAGAAACAGUUACUACAUCAGUUAUGGCCAGUCUUUACUUUGGCUGCCAUACCACAUAUACAACAUUCAAUCAAGAUACGAUCUGUUGAAGUAAGGCUAUAUUAUUACAUUAUACAGUAAUCUUUCAGAUUAACAACUUGCUAGCCAAUUUUCGUAUGAAAAUAGCCAAAAUAGACGACGAAGAGAUACGACUGCUAUGUUCUUGGCUGUUGUGUCAUUUUGGUAUGUUUUGACUUUAGAUUUCUGUUAUACUUCCUAUAAUGUGUAUGACCAUACAUGAGUUACAGGUUCAAAAAUACCGACAAUUGACUUUGCUUCAUCUCUACUAGACACCUACACUCUCUGGAUUCACAAGCAUUGUACAGUAAGUUACCCUGAUGAUUACAAAAGGGCUGACCGUAUCCUGGAGUACGGUAGAAGUCUGAUUCACUUCCAACAUUACAGUAACCUCGUAGAAGAGUUCGCAUUUCUUUAUAAUCCGAAAAAAGAAAGUUAA